AGGGAAGCCCAUUCAGCGCGGUCUGUCACUCGAGUCUCAUUCAGGCAAGCAAAGCCACGCUCUCGCCCCAUGGCAGCGGCAGCACGACCUAGAGGAGGGAAUCCCCGGGUCUCACCCCUUUCCUGAUCGAUUUGCAUCACUGUUCCAGCGCUUCAGUUACCUGUUCCAUGUCCCUCUGCCACGGCCAUGGCACCACGGGCGUAGCGUAGUGAACAGCGCGGGCUUGACAAGACCGGGAGCAUUCACAACUCAUGCGAACUUGUCUUUUUUCACACGGAGGAAUAUCGGAGGCUCAGCAACAGAAUAAUACAACUAUUUUCUGUAUCAUUAAUGAGGCAGCCACCAACUGACUUCGACAUGGCAUUAAGCGGAACGCUUUUGCCAUCCAUAUCUACGUUCGCCAGCGGCACUCCUGUCAAGGGCAAAUCAACUGGACUGGGAAUGGCGAGCUCAAGAUGGAAAGAGGAGCUCUCCAAUCUAAAGAGACCCUGCGUGCCUACAGGUGGUGGUUGUCCUGAUCAUGACCUCCUUGCUGGGAUUGCCAAGAAGGAGCCUGACGACGCUGACCUACUGGAUUAUGAUUUUAUCCUCUCCAACACUAUGCUGCAGCAGCAGCAGCAGCAACAGGACGCCAUGGCCGGCAGCUCCCGAAAUCUGCCCCCUUCUCCAGGGUCCUACUCCUAUCAGCUUCCCUCCCCCCAGGACUCUGCCGGUGACAUUCUCUACACCAUCCCCGAUAUCAACGACGUGUCGCCCUCAGGCGGCUUUGUGGCGGAGCUCAUGCGACCGGAGCUGGACCCUGCGUACCUGCAGCCCACCAGCCUACAGGGGAAGUUUGUGGUCAAAACCACCAUGGACAUGGCGGACUACAGCCAGGGCAUAAACGUCAGCAAAAACAGCACUGUCUUGGAGUCAUCCUUGCCCUUUGUUUGCCAGAGAAUAAAGCAGGAGAACCCCAGCACUUGCACCAUCACCCGACCGAUGGACGUCCAUCUCGGGAUUAACUCGCGUCCGGGGAGCAGCCAAAGACCCCUCCUCAACCCUCACGGUUACCCCUCAGGGCGGCCAGGGGCAGCCAGCCGGCCUUCUGCAUCCCUUUCCCCGGGGGACGUGCUGAACAGAGACCACCACCCCUCCUCUCAGGUUUUAAGUCACCCGCCACUGCCUCUCCCCCAGGGCUACCAUACCUCAGCAGGAUAUGCCCCCUACAGCCAGCCUCCGUCCCUGCAGUACCAAGGUCAGUCCUAUCUAAGUGUUUUUGAAGAACCUGUACACAUUCCACCUUUACUGCCUGAGGCCAUGCUCACCCCACCCUCUUCACCCCUAGAGCUUAUGUCACCCGUGGACUGUUUGCCAGAGGAGCCCAAACCCAAACGGGGGCGCCGGUCCUGGCCAAGGAAAAGGAUAGCUACCCACACGUGUGACUACGCCGGCUGUGGCAAAACCUACACCAAGAGCUCCCACCUGAAAGCACAUCACAGAACACACACAGGAGAGAAGCCUUAUCACUGUGACUGGGAGGGUUGUGGCUGGAAGUUUGCCCGUUCCGACGAGCUGACUCGCCAUUACAGGAAACACACAGGCCAUCGCCCUUUCCAGUGUCAGAAAUGUGACCGGGCCUUUUCAAGGUCGGACCACCUGGCCUUGCACAUGAAGCGGCACUUAUGAGACUUGACGGAACCAAGGAGGGAGGCCGAAAUAAAACAAAAGAAACUGAACAAAUUUGUGCCCUUACACCACACACUGCCUUUGAACAGUUGUACCACAUGACCAGCUGUGUUGUCCACAGUGAAGAACUUCUUCGAGCGGAGCUUGAAUGACAGGCGUUUCCAUCGUCUUCCAAUGGACUGGAGAUUGAUCAGAAAUUCUUUAGAUCAAUAAUUGUUCCCCGGGACUAAACUGGAAUUCUGAUUUGUACAUGACAAAACUUGGAGGACCAGGUGCCAAA